GGAAUUGAAAGCGAAACCUAUUGGAGCGCGGUCUUCAGGGCAUUGAGCUGAUCCUGCUUGCUCCCUGCCCUGCCAGGGAAGAAGGGGACCCAGCCUGGUGCGGCUUCCGUUCUUCCUUUGCAGCGGCCUCUCCUCUCUUUUCCCUUCCCUGUCACCCCCUUUUCUUCCCACCCAAGACCUGGCCUUUUAAAGCGGUGUGCCCCCCCCUCUUUUGUUUCUUGCUCUCCCGAUGCAAUGCCCGGUCCUUACCGGUGGCCCCAGGAGACAACAGGAGGCCUCUGCGCAGCAGCCGCCCCCGUGAGAGUGAACCACGGCCACCUCUCGUCCGGUGCAUGCGCGCGCCCUCCCGCCCUUGUGUUCCAGCUGCGCGCUAUGAGCAGAGGCGCUGGCCGAGGCAGAGGUUCAGAGCAGGCGCCCCCGAGACCUAGCGGCUUCUCUAACCCCGUUUUCUUUAACGCUCCUCUUCUCCCGCAGGGAGGCAGCGUGGACGAUUUCCACCAGCGCCAGGUUGUCUUCCUCGAAGGGCGCCUUCCGGAAGCUCCCCUUUUGCCUUCCCAGAGGCAGAGACCCCACGCGCCCCAGAGCUACUGCCGAGGUCUGAGACCUUCCGCCCCGCCUAGAAGACCUCCUCCUCAGUGUAACCAUUCCGGGCAGGAACAGAAACCCUCCUUUCGUCCCCAGCCGCAGUGCGGUGGCCAAACCGCGAGGAGCAACGGCAGGGUCGACGGACUCGCCUCGGACUUCCAGGGGCUGAAGCUCACCCACGAAGGGCUUGAGCAAAGGCUGCUGCAGGUUUUGAGGGAGUUCCUGCCGGGAGAGACCGAAUCGGCCCGCUGGCUUGCCCGCAGGCUCGGCGUCCCGAAGAAGGAGGUCAACCGUCACCUCUACCAACUCUGCCGACAGGGACAGGUGUGCCGAAUCGGGGAGACCCCUCCCUUGUGGAGGCUGGCGGAAAGUCCGAGGGCUCAGGGCGUGACGGAAGGAGGGGCCGCUCCCCGCCGGAGGGACUGGUAUCGGCUACCACCGGCUGCCGGCCUCGCAGGAGGAGAAGAGGAGAGCUCGGCCUCCGAUUCGGAGGGCUGCCCGGAUUCUGCCGCCAUGGCCGAGGUGAAGGAGCAGAUCUGUAGCUUCUUGUUCGGCGUGGCCAACUCCACGGCACGCAACCUGGCCAGGAACAUCGGCCUCUCCAAAGCCCAGGAGGUCAACGCCACCCUGUUGGACCUGGAGAAGUUAGGGGAGGUGCGCAGGGAGAACGCCAACCCCCCCAAGUGGUCCCUCACCGACAACAAGCGGAAGCAGAUGCAGCACAAGGUGAAAGCCGAGGUGGUCAGCGAAAUGGGCCCUCCGGCGCCCGACCCGGGUCCGGAGCCUCUGACUCCCACAGUAGAACCGGAGCUGCCCGCCAGCGUGACGACGCCUCCCUUCCCACCGGCUUCUCCACCUGCGCCACCUCCCAUGCUGCUAGAAGGGGGGGAGGAAGAGGAGGAGGAGGAGGAAGAAGAAGAUGACGAAGAGGAGGAGGAAGAGAAAGUUGAGAACGGGAGGCAGCUGUUCCAGCAGCCGGGUGACGGUUAUUUUCGCCGGCGAGGACCCCCCCGCAAACGGGCCCGGUACCACUGGUUCCCCAGUUACGACAACUUUGAGAACGGCAAGUGGGCCACGGACGACAUCCCGGAGAGCCUGAACGCCAUCAACAACCAGGACGAGUCCUCCCGGUGCAUCAUGGAGUCCCCGCUCUCCCCCAGCUACGCGGCCCAGUUCGACACCGCGUUCUCCUGCACCCCCUUGGAGAAGCUCAUGGCCUGUCAGAAGAAGAACCCAGUCAGCGGCUUGAUCGAGUACACCCAGUACAUGUACCAGCACUGCGAGUUCGUGUUGUUGAAGCAGAGCGGACCCUCGCACGAGCCCCGGUUUAAAUUCCAGGCCGUGAUUGACAGCCGCCUGUUCCCCCCGGCGGAAGCAGGCAGCAAAAAGCUCGCCAAGCAAGAAGCCGCCGCGAACGCCAUGAGGAUCCUGUUACACGAAGCAGAGCACGAGGGGGAAGACGGGGCAGAGCCGGAGAAGCCGAUCUACGAAGAUAGCUCCCCCAGCAAGGCGGAAAUGCCUGAGCAGAGCGAGGCCGAGCCUUCCUCCACGACGCCGUCGCUAAACUUCUCCGGGAAGAACCCUGUCAGUGCCUUGAUGGAGUACGCCCAGAAGUCCGGGAGCGUGUGCGAAUUCCAGCUGCUCUCUCAGGAGGGGCCUCCCCACGAUCCCAAGUUCAAAUACUGUGUGAAAGUGGGAGAGCGCGUCUUCCCCACCGUGGUCUCGAACAGCAAGAAGGGGGCCAAACAGAUGGCUGCAGAAGCUGCUAUGAAGGGCCUCAGUGGCGACUCCAGCACCGUGACCCCCGAGCAGACAGAGGCCCCGGAGGACCAGCCUUCGGAGAUGUCCGGAAUCACAAGUCUGGAUGAGACCAAGGCGGCGGGCACGAAAGGUGUCGGCGAGCUGAUCAAGUACUUGAACUCGAACCCGGUCAGCGGCCUUCUGGAAUACGCCCGGGCGAACGGUUUUGCAGCCGAGUUCAAGAUGAUCGAACAGACGGGGCCACCCCACGAUCCAAAGUUUGUCUUCCAGGCCAAAGUGGGAGGGCGCUGGUUCCCGCCGGUCACGGCCCACAGCAAGAAGCAGGGGAAGCAGGAGGCGGCGGACGCGGCGCUCCGGGUCCUGAUCGGGGAGACGGAGAAAGCCGAGCACACCGAAGGGGCGCCGAUCACAGAGCUCCCUGUCAGCGGAAGCACCCUGCAUGACCAGAUCGCGAUGCUCAGCCACCAGCGCUUCAACGCCCUCACCGCCCGCAUUCAGCACAGCUUGCUAGGGCGCAAGAUCCUGGCUGCCAUCAUCAUGAGGCGCGGGCAGGAAGGCCUCGGGGUGGUGGUGAGCAUCGGAACAGGGAAUCGCUGCGUGAAAGGAGAGGAGCUGAGCCUGAAGGGGGAGACGGUGAACGACUGCCACGCGGAGAUCAUUUCCAGGAGGGGCUUCAUAAGGUUCCUCUACAACGAGCUCAUGAAGUACAACCCCUUCUCCCCGGAAGACAGCAUCUUUGAGCCCUUGGAAAACGGCAAGAUGAAGAUCAAAGACGACAUCACUUUUCACCUGUACAUCAGCACGGCGCCUUGCGGGGACGGGGCGCUCUUCGACAAAUCCUGCAGCGACCAGGCCAGCACCGCCGGGGAGGGCCAGCACCAGCCCCUCUUCGAGAACCCCAAACAGGGGAAGCUGCGCACCAAGGUGGAAAACGGAGAAGGCACCAUCCCCGUGGAGUCGAGUGACAUUGUGCCGACCUGGGAUGGGAUCCAGCACGGGGAGCGCCUCCGCACCAUGUCCUGCAGCGACAAGAUCCUGCGCUGGAACGUGCUGGGCCUGCAGGGGGCGAUGCUCUCCCACUUCUUGCAGCCGGUUUAUCUCCGCUCCGUCACGUUAGGCUACUUGUACAGCCAAGGACACUUGACUCGUGCCAUCUGUUGCCGCAUGUCCAGAGAGGGCAGCACAUUCCAGUCGGGACUCCCCACGCCCUAUUUUGUCAACCACCCCGAGGUCGGUCGGGUCAGCGUCUACGACUCUGCCAGGCAGACGGGCAAGACGAAGGAGUCCAGCGUAAACUGGUGCCUCCCGGACGACGCCGACGUGGAAGUCCUGGACGGCACGAAGGGGAAAGUCGAUGGACCAAAGUUGGAGGUCUCGCGGGUCUCCAAGAGGAACCUCUUCGCCCUUUUCCAGCUCCUCUGUGCCAAGAUGGACCGCAAGGACCUGCAAAAGUUCACCGUCUACGCGGAGGCCAAGGAGGCGGCCGUCACGUACCAGAUCGCCAAGCGGCAGUUCUUCUGGGCGUUGCAGGAGAUGGGCUACGGCAAUUGGAUUUGCAAACCUCAGGAGGAGAAGAGCUUUGUUUUGUCCGACGUCUAGAAAGCUGUGCAUUUUUGUCUCUCUCUCUCUCUCUUUCUCUCUCUGUCUUUAUUUUUUUUUCCUUCAAGGCAGGAGA